AUGGCUGAGAAUCUUGCAACCAAUGGAAGCCAUGUUCUCAAUGUUGAAAAUGACAAACCUUGCUCCAAUACCAAUCAAGAAUCAAGCAGUAGCUUUUUCUAUGUACCCUUUAUGCAGAAGGUGAUUGCUGAGGUGUUGGGGACAUACUUUUUGAUAUUUACGGGUUGUGGGUCUGUGGUGGUGAAUUUGAACACAGAAAAUACGGUGUCGUUUCCAGGGAUUGCAAUAGUUUGGGGACUGGUUGUGAUGGUCAUGAUUUACUCUGUUGGUCACAUCUCUGGUGCUCAUUUCAAUCCUGCUGUCACUAUUGCUUUUGCUACCACCAAGAGAUUUCCAUGGAAACAGGUACCCCCUUAUAUUGCUGCUCAAGUCCUUGGAUCAACAUUUGCAAGUGGUACACUUAGACUACUGUUUAACAAGCAUCAAGAUCACUUUGUAGGAACAAGUCCUAGUGGAACUCCCUUGCAGUCUUUCGUGAUCGAGUUCAUAAUCACAUUUUACCUCAUGUUUGUUGUUUCUGGUGUUGCUACUGAUAACAGAGCGAUCGGAGAGCUUGCUGGGCUUGCAGUUGGCUCCACUGUUCUUUUGAAUGUGUUGUUUGCAGGGCCAAUUUCAGGAGCAUCAAUGAACCCAACAAGAAGCUUAGGACCUGCAAUAGUAUCAAACCAUUGCAAAAAUCUGUGGAUUUACAUUGUGUCACCAAUUCUUGGAGCUGUAUGUGGUGCCUUGGUCUACAAUGUAAUCAGAUUUACAGAUAAGCCACUGCGUGAGCUCACCAGGAGUGGCUCUUUCUUGAAAGGCGCAUGCCGUACCUAA